GAAUAAGAAUAUUCUUAUUCUGUGAUUGAAGUUUCGGAAGUCACGCAUCGUGAUCUUUGACUUGUAAGUAGAGGAAAUCUUUUUGUCUUUAAAAGUAAAGUGAGACAAUUAGUUUGCCACCAGCUGUCUCCAUAACAAACGAGUUUGUGAAUAUGUUAUCUAUUAGCGAUGGCUUGUUAUUGUCUGGUUCACUCACACACAUUUUCUGCAAAGGAAACAUGCACCGACUGAAAGAUGACAACUUUGCAAAAUGUUAUGAUAGCUGCAUUUCUUCUACUUUAUGCAACACCGAAUACAUCAACACUGAAAGGGAAUCAUAGACGACUUGGAGAACAGAGAGAACCAAGUGUUCAUAUCGAUGAAAUUGAUGCAGAUAGUGUGCCACAACCAGAAGAUUUCUACAAUCGCUAUGUGAAGGAAAAUAGGCCACUUGUAUUCAGAGGUGCUGCCAGAAAGUCGAGGGCAUUCAAAUUAUGGACUGAAGAUUUUCUGAUUGAUAGUUAUGGAAAUUUGACUGUGCGUCUUGAAGCAAAAUUUGAGAACAAUAGAAUAUUACCAGAAGGAGCUGUCAGCCUUGGUUUGGACCUCCUUGGCAAUUUUCUUAGAAACUAUCAGAUGCAAGAUAGCUACAUAAUUUCUCAGAUUCCUGUGCCGAUGGAGAAAGAUGUGAUGAUCCUACCAUGUCUCAGAUGUGGCUCAUUUGCAAAAUCAGUCCAAGAAGUUCAUGUCUUUCUGUCAGCAUCUGGAGGAAAAACUGCUCUGCACAAAGACCCAUACAACAACAUACACUGUGUUUUCAAUGGAACAAAAGAUUGGAUCUUGAUUCAUCCAAACUAUACAGAUUUUAUCUACAUGGAGACAUCUUCAGAAUUUGAAUGGGGAGGAAUAUCAUCAAUAAAUGCAGACAGUGUUGACUUGCAUAGAUAUCCAAAAGUACUUGAUAUAGAGUAUGCAAAGCUGAGGUUACACAAAGGAGACUGUAUCUUCAUGCCAUCAGGAUACUGGCACCAAGUUCGUUCUUUUGGGUACAUGAAUUCGGCUGUUGCCAUCUGGUUCUCAGUAUUGGACCAUUUUGAUAGUACCGGCUGUAAAGACAGGGAAUUUGACUACACACUGAUGAACGAGACUGAUAUACUUUGGCGGUACUCAGGAUAUGGAAAUCUAUCUCAAGGUCAUAUGGACAUAUACAUCUUACAGAAGGCCCUAAUAAAAUGGGCAGAUGCGCAUGGAGUUAUACCAUUACAGUCCUUUGCAAACUUCGUCUUUGUCCUACUUGAUAGUAACGCAAAAAGAGCCGCAAUGGUAGCCGAUAUGAAAAGGAGAAAGAAGGAGUUUUUGGAGUAUUUGGACCCAGACAAGGAUGGCUACGCCACAAAGGAACUUGUUGCCAGCUUGAGUAUCAAGCAGCUAAAAGAUCUUGUUGAGCUCGUUCAUCCUAAUGAUAUUUCAAACACAGAUCUGUUGGAAUAUGGUCACCUUCCUGUUGAUGAUAUCAGGGACAUAAUAAAGGAAGCAUUGUACAAGUAUGGUCGGUUCAAUCAAGAUCGGUUUCUGGAGAAUUACGUCAAGGUUCUUGGUGGAACGAUGAGAAAAGGGAAAGAGAUUUUGUCCGCGUUAGAGAUACCAAAAGACGGGAAAGUAACGCAGGAGCAUGUAUGGUCAAGAGUUCGAUUGGCGCUAGAAAAAUACGAGAACGCGUUGACGCAUGACCCAGCCGCUGAGAAACGGAUAUUUCAAAUCAUAUAUCACGGACUAUAUCCUUCUCAACAUGAUGAGCUCUAGAAGUACGGUAAACUGUUUCAUUUUUUUAAUUUUAGCCGCAUGCUUUUAAUUUAUGCUUUAUUUAUUGCUCGCGAGAGAUGUAUUUUGGUUGGCCGUUAUUUAAUAAACGUUAUUGGGCAAUGAAAAUUGGACGAAUA